AUGUCCAUAGAGCAGUACCACGACGAGCUCAUCACCAGCGCCAACAAGAUCGCCUCCCCCGGCAAGGGUAUUGUCGCCCUUGAUGAGUCGACCAAGACCAUCGGCAAGCGUCUGGCUUCCAUCGGAGUCGAAAAUUCGAAAGCGACCGGCCAGGCCUGUCGCAGCUUCCCUUUUCAAUUGUGCAGACCUUGGAGAUUACACCUCUGGCGCCAUCCUUUUUGA